AUGUUAUUUUAUAAGGCAAUGCCAUUAACUACGUCGAUUUUUGGAUAUGGAAAAAAAAGUGAUACACCGGGAAAAUUUGCAAUUGUUAAAUCAAUUGAAACUGGUUUAUGGGCAAAGAUUAAAUCUAUGGAUGAUAUGCGUUAUCUAAUUUGGAAAUUGGGUGUUAUCUUUACUGAUAAUGCAAGUCAUGAUGAAUUAAAUAAUUCAAAAAUCAAAAAACAAAAGGUUUAUUUUCAUAUUGCUGAGAAUUAG